AUGAUGGAUCAAUUUUCCGAAGAGGAGAGGAGCUUUGGAAAGAGAGCCCUUCCCUUCCUGCCAGAUAGAGACAGGUCGAGGAAGAGAUCGCGAUACGAGGAUUUCUUGGACCAGCCACAGCAAUCUUCCUCGUCGAGCUCGCUUGAGAAGUCGACAAACAGCAGCCAGACUCCCGCCCCUCAAUCGCGCGAAUAUCAGCAGAGUUAUCGGCCUCAAGAUCCUCGUGCAGCUGCCGUCUCCUCAAGGCCCUCACAUACCGCAGCCAGCAAUGGACAGUAUGUUGAGCCCACAACACAGCAGGGGCAAAAUGCGGAAUCGUCAACGCGCUCGGAGCAUUACAGUGUACAGAGGAACUAUCAAGGACCUACGAAUCUGGGAGGUAAUAGUGGACCCGGUCUCGGAGUGGGCAACCAGGUUUCAGAGCGGGCAUAUCAACGCGGGGAUGAACGGUUCAUGCAGGACGUGCGGCCGCAGCAGAAUCAUACCAGCCAGAAUCAUGCAGCACAAGAUGGGCGAUAUACUAGGGCACAAGGAGAGACUGGUGAUCGUAGUUGGUCGCAGGAUAUAGAGUGUGAAUCUGACGAGAACGACUUAAAUGGCGGUGUAGAUACCCUGGAGAUGGUGCGACAGCGGCCUUCUAGCAACGAAGUUGGCGGUUGGCGACGGAAUGAAGUGAACGAUCGUGACAUGCCAGAUGCCAUGAGAAUGGAGGAAGGAAAAUCCAACGGUGCCUUGUCGGGACAAGGGGCUGAUUUGCUCAGGAGGUCGGAUACAGGAGAGGAUGGUGCGAGGGUCCCUGGCAGGUUUCAUGCAGCGAUCGCCGGCCAAGCAACACGAGAGGAGCAGAAGGAGAAGACAGCUGAGCUAGGACGCAUGAGUUUGAAAGAGGACGUGGCACAGAGAGAAGGGCAGCAGGCAGCAGCGAAAAUGGUGCCAGAGCCUAUGGGAGGCGGGAGGCAGCCUGCAGGGGCGGCGGCAAAGCAACGGACCGAUGAAGGAGCAGGAGGGCAGCAGAUAGGGAAGACGAUGGUGACGAAACCAGCAGCAGGAGCAGCAGCAGGGGCAGCAGGGGCAUUAGGAGCAGGAGCAGGAGCAGGAGCACAGAAGUCUGUCAACGAGCGAGUGGUGCCGGUGGUGGCUGAGGCUACGGGAGAAGGAGAGCCUAAGAGAGAAGGGCAAGCGCAAGGAACGACAAUGACAGCAGCUGCAAGGGCAACGAUGGGAGAAGGAGCGCAGGGAGGAGUGCAGGAGGGGGGAAUGGCGACGAUGAUAAAACCUGUGGCAGAGGGAACAGUGCAGCUGCUGCAGCAGCAGCAGUACCAGCAGCAGUACCAGUACCAGCAGCAGCAGUACCAGCAGCAGCAGCAGCAGCAGCAGCAGCAGCACCACUACCAUCACCCGCAGCAGUUCCAGCAGCAGUACUACUAUCACCAAAACUACCAGCAGCAGUAUUACCAUCAGUACUCCCAGCAGCAGCACUACCAGCAGCACCAGCAGCAGCACUACCAGCAGCACCAGCAGCAGCAGGAGAACGGAGCACGGGUUUUGACCCCUGCUCCUGCGGCAGUGGCAGCAAAGACAGGAGCGGGAGCCGAGGCAUGGAGGGCUGAAGAAGCGGAACAGCAAGGAGGGCGGCAUCAGGCAGAGUCGUUGGCAGUGCCGGCACAUAUAAAGGCUGAAAGGCAGGGGCAGGAGAGGGGGCAGGGCAAAUCAGUGGCAGCAGAGACAGAAACACAGGGACAGAUAACUUCAGGCCUAGCAGAAGUGGAGCAGAGAGAAGGGAAGCAGCUGGGAGGGGCGGCUGCGAAGGCUGUGGAGGCAGCAGGAAGGCCGGAGGCAGCCGGUCAGGAUCCGGAAGUGACGAGACCAGCAGGCGCAGGAUCACAGGGAGGGUCUCAGAUGGCGACACCAGGGGGAAAGGCAGUAGGAGGAUCGGACGGUGGGGGACAGCAACAGGGAGGAGGAGGAGGAGGAGGAACAGCGGCGGCGGCGGCGGUAGCAAAGACAGCAGCAGCAGCACAAGGGGUCCAACCGCAGCAGAGGAAGGGGAUGGCAGCGGCAGGGGUAGCAGCGGCAGAGGCACAAGGGGGGACGGGGGCAGUGAAAGCAGCAGGAGCAGCGCAGGGAGGGCAGCAGCAGGGAGGGGCGACGGCGGCAGGGGGAAUACAUGGGAAGACGCAAACGGAAGCGUCGAUGGCAGGUAACGCAGGAGCAGCAGCACAAGGGGCUGCAAAGCUGGAAGGAAGGUCGAUAAAGGUAGAAGGAGGGGCGCAGCAGAUGGAUACAAGGGCGGUAGAUCGAGCGAAGGCAGGAGGAGCUGGGGCAGAGGAGCGUGGAGGAGGGGCAGGAAAGGAAGGAGGAGAAUCGUCGCAGGGAGGAUCAACGCACGGGCAAGCAUCUCCCUCCAGUUCUGAGAUGACGGCAGUGAAUCCGGGAGAUGCUGGUGGAGAAAGAGCAAGACAGAGAACAGAGAAGAAAAGGAUAACGGAGGAGGCGGACAGAACAGAGGCGGACCCCUCCAGUAGCCAAGCUGCUUCAAGUCAGAACAUGAUCGAGGAGGAGAGGAGAGUCGAGGGCUCGUCGAGGGAUGAAACCAGGACGGGGAGGGAGGUGGACGCGAGCGGAGGGCAGCACGGAGGGCUGGAGAAGGACGAAGAUUGCCAGCUCAUCAUGAAUGCGUUGCUUCAAGAGCGGCUCGACCUGAACCCCACCAGAGAUGUUACAAGGAUGGUCCGGUGGGAGGAGGUGUACGAGCUCUCAGCUGGGGCCCUGCAGGAGGAGAUCGAGAAAUCGAGGAGCAGGCUGGCCAGCACGAUUGCCCAGUACCACACGAGUCAGUUCCCCUCUCAGCUGCAGAACGCGAUCAGCGCAACCCAGAGGAUGUCGGAGGCUAUCUGGAGCAAGGUGACAGCAAGAAUCGGAUGCGACAGCUCUGCUGGAGUCUUUACUUCCGGCACGAAGGUGGAGUAG